AUGCAAAAUUGUGAUUACAAGGACGCUCAGCAGGCAGCAUUGUUUGUACUGCAAAAGUCAUCGUUGUCAUUAGAGAAUCGUAUAGAAAUUAAAGGCUAUGAUUUCAACAAAGGUAUUGACUACGAAGCGUUGUUAAAUUCCUACAUGUCAACUGGAUUUCAGGCAUCCCAUUUCGCUCAAGCUGUUGAGCAAAUCAAUGAAAUGAUAGCGUCACGCGAGGAACAUUUAGAAGGUGAAAUAAUGUUACCGUAUCCAAAGGAAAAAAAGAGACGGGCUUGUACAAUAUUUCUUGGGUAUACUAGUAACCUUAUUACAUCAGGCGUUCGAGAAAGUAUACGAUACUUGGUUGAGCAUGAUUUGGUAGACUGUAUUGUGACGAGUGCGGGUGGCGUAGAGGAAGAUUUGAUAAAAUGCCUGGCACCGUCAUAUUUGGGCUCGUUUGACCUUGAUGGAAAAGUGUUACGCCGUGAUGGAUUAAACAGAGCAGGUAACAUUUUGAUACCUAACGAUAAUUACUGUCGUUUCGAAGAAUGGAUAAUGCCUAUUCUGGAUAAAUGUGAAACAGAGCAAAAUGUCGAGGGAUUUUCGUGGAGUCCAUCAAAACUUAUUGAUCGCCUCGGUGCAGAAAUUAAUGAUGUCAGAUCAGUUUGCUAUUGGGCGCAUAAGAAUCGAAUACCAAUUUUUAGUCCUGCUUUAACAGAUGGAUCGCUUGGAGAUAUGUUAUAUUUUCAUUCAUUCAGAAAUGGAGGAAUCAAAUUGGAUAUUGUGGAGGAUGUGCGACAUAUCAAUACGAUGGCGGUUCGGUCGAAUAAAACUGGAGUGAUUCUUCUUGGUGGUGGUGUUGUAAAGCAUCAUAUCAAUAAUGCAAACCUAAUGCGAAAUGGAUCUGAUUACACUGUAUAUGUGAACACUGGCCAGGAAUUUGAUGGAAGCGAUUCUGGAGCUCGACCAGAUGAAGCAGUAAGUUGGGGUAAAAUUAAAGAAGAUUGUAAACCUGUAAAAGUUUUUGCUGACGUCUCUCUUGUCUUUCCAUUACUGGUUGCUAAAACAUUUGCGCGUUUUAUUGAGGAGCGAAGAUCUAGACUCAGAUUUGUAACGGCAUGA